UGUUAUUUAUAUCCAAACCUGCACUCUUCUCUAUUUCAUUCUCAUCCAAACACAAAAACAACAUGUUAAGUCUUAAAUGUUUAGUGGAAUCAAACUCUCUAAAGUCGAUUCCUUCAAAGUAUAUCUGUCUCAACAAAAAUGAAGAACAUGAUUCCAUAUUGUUAAAUGAAACAGAGAAUGUUCCAAUCAUUGAUUUUUCUCAGCUCAUAUCGGUUGAUUUUAAUAUCCGUUCCAUGGCUAUUCAAAAACUAGGUGAUGCAUGUCGCGAUUGGGGUUUCUUUAUGUUAAUAAAUCAUGGAGUAUCGGAGAAGUUGAGAGAUGAAGUGUUAAGAGGAAGCCAAUGUUUUUUUGAUCUAUCAAGUGAAGAUAAAAAGGAAUAUAUUGGUGAAAAACUAUUUGAUCCAAUUAGAUGUGGAACAAGCUUCAAUAUCAAAGUUGAUAAAACUCUCUAUUGGAGAGAUUAUCUCAAAUGCUAUGUUCACCCUCAAUUGCAUGUUCCCAACAAACCCAUUGCUUUUAGUGAAACUUUAGAGGAAUAUGUGACAAAGAGCAGAGAACUAAUUGGAGAAUUGCUAAAAGGAAUAUCUAUGAGUUUGGGCCUAGAAGAAAAUUACAUACACAAAAUGAUGAAUGUAGAUAUGGGCUCCCAGUUGCUUGUUAUAAACUAUUACCCACCUUGCCCUAAGCCCGAACUUGUCAUGGGCUUACCAGCUCACACAGAUCAUGGGCUUUUAACUCUCUUGAUGCAAAAUGAGCUUUGUGGGCUUCAAAUUGAACAUAAUGGCAAGUGGAUUCCUGUUAAUCCUUUACCCAACUCCUUUCUCAUCAAUACUGGAGAUCAUUUGGAGAUACUUACGAAUGGAAAAUAUAAGAGUGUUGUUCAUCGUGCUUUGGUGAUGAAUAAGAAAAGUGCGAGAAUUUCUGUUGGUACAGCACAUGGGCCUACACUUGACACCAUUGUCACCCCUGCACCAGAGUUGCUUAGUAAGAACAAUCCAUCAACAUAUCGUGGCAUUACUUAUAAAGAUUAUUUGCAACUUCAACAGAGUCGUGAAUUAGAGAGAAGAUCUUGUUUGGAUUAUAUUCGAAUUUGAAUUGAAACAUUAUUAUUAUACUUAGAUGAGUAAGUUUGAUCUUAUUUUAAUUAUAAGAUAAUGUAUGGAAUUGUAAUUUAGUGUGUGUUUUUGUAAUAAGAUUUUAAAUAUCUUUAUAAUUUCAAAGAUAAGUAAAUUUUUAUUUAAUUUAAGAAAAAUGCUAUGUAGUAUGAAGAGACUAUCUCAUGAAAAUUAAAAAUUAAAAGUUUAUUUGAUUGGUUA